AGGAACAAGGAGGAGAAGGGGAAGCAGAAGCAGAAGUGCGUCAUAUUUUCAUCAAUGGAAGAACCAAAAGCACCUGAGGCUGCACCAAAACUCUCUGACCCACCAUCAACCGUUCCUCAAACUCAAACCCCUCUUCCUCCCACAACCAAGAAGAGACCACGGGACUCUGAUGCCCACUCCAAUUACUUCAAGAUUCGUGCUGUUACUCGAGACCUUCGCCCCCAUUUUAUUCAGGUUCUUCAAACUCCUGACUACAAAAAUUGCAAGGCAUCCCACGAAAUUCAAGAACAGCUGAAGAUUGUGAUAAAGUUAUAUGAUAAUGUGAAAGCGGAUGUGGUUUCACUAGGAAAGUCGAAGAACAUGCAAGAUGGCCAGAACUUGGAUAAAAAAACAGGGCAAGAGCAGCAGUCUCAACAUGUGAAAUCAUCAGUAGAGAAAGCAUUUGCACGGUCAUCUGAAAUUAAGCAUACCCCACCAGUUCAUGGGCUUCAGAAGCUGCAUGCUGAAGAUGGUCAGGCACAAGGGACAUACAUAGUUGGUGGAUCAGCUUUCGGCUGGAAUUUUAUCACCUUUUUAGGGAAGGAACCUGUCUAUUAUGGUAGGACAAAGGAACAAUUUCGAUCAGCAAAAGUGGCUGAGUAAUUUUAUUAUGCCAUUUCUCAAUCAAGGAUGUUCAAUAUGCUCAACCUGUUCCCCCUGGAACACCUACUCAUUGGUGGUGGGUACUAUAAAACCUCAACAAGUAUAGUGCAUGAGUAGCUUUCAAAAACGAUUUUUUUUUUUUUUUUUUUUUGGUGUGGGGGGGCAUUAACAUCCUUUUAAAUCUACCAAGAAGCUUUCAUGUGUUGUAAUAUUUUUGUUACCAGUUAGAUUUUUAUCUUUGAAAGCAAUUCGCACUUUUCAUUAAAAAAUUAC